UUUUUAACGCCAUUUUUAACUAUUCUUGUGGCAAAUUUGAAUAAAAAAAGUUUUGGUGGAUGUUUUUGCUAUUUGCAGCAUCUAUGAAUAAUAAGGGAGCAAUUGGAAAUAAGAAAAUGUUACAGCUACGAACGCUGUAUCAACUGUAAAAUCAUGCACUGAUCGAUCGGCGAGUCGAAAAAUCCGUACGAUUUCGAGAAGAUCGUUCGUAAUUUUCUACAUUUUUACAUACCAUGCCCGGCCUACCAGAAACCAUAUACAGCUCGGAGCAAAUCAGCAUACCGCCCGCCUUCCCGUACCUCCUCAGGCAAUACGCCAAAGCGGCCAUAAGGAGCCAACCGACGGACCUCUUGCAAUGGUCUACGGCGUACUUUCGUUGCCUGUCGCUGAACCUGCUGCCGCCGGUGAAGCCGCGCCUGGAGUACCCGAUACCGCGCGAGUACUUCGGCAUCACGCCCGGCUGGCUGAAGGCCCUCCUGCACCAGAUCUCCUACAUCAAGACGAUCCACUUCAAGACGCUGUGGGACCGAUGGACGGGCGCCUGCCUGUCGCACAACACCCUCAUACAGAUGCUGUGCUUGGGGGGAUUCACCGAUCACAAGACGAUACCGUGGCCUCGAUUCGUCGGGCUGUGCGCCGCUCAUCUGACCGACGAUUUGACCAGUACUAUGAAGUUGAUCUGCGAGAUUCUGACGGAAGAGCCGGAAGGAGGGUCCGCGAUGAUUCCGUACGAGACUUUUAUGGAUUUGUACGAGUUUUUGGCGAAAAUCGACGCCUCGAAGCCGCAACUCUUGAAGAAUAUCUACUUCGGUGACGCCAUUUUGAACGUCUACAAGCGAUUGUCCGAAAAGGAUUUGGCCAUCGAGAAGACAUCCGAAGUAGAAGAAGAGGAAGAAAGCGUAAAAAAAUCGGAAUCUAUAUCAUACAUCGACGUAGAUUACGAAAAGGAACUAUCCGAAGAGGAUAUAUCGUGUCCCAGUAUGGUGGACGAUGACCAUUACUCUGUUGAUUACUACUAUGAUCAAGUUUUGGAUUUAACCCAAAUGGAAGAAGAAGGAGAAGGCGGUAUACCGGCUUACUUGAAGCACGCCAUGAUGCAGGAAACCGAAGAAGGCGAAGUAGAGGAAAUGGGAGUUGAGAGUUACAUGUACGACGGCGAGGACGAAGGAGAAGGACUGGGCGAAGAAGUCACCAUCAUCGACGAAAGGAAAUCGGAAGCCAAGUCGACCGCCGAGUACAAAUCCGAGGAUACGAUCACCGGGGAGCCGACGCGAAAGAUGGUGGCUCGGCACGUCGUCGAAGACGAGAAAACGCUGGAGGAGGAUCUCGAAAGGUUGAAGGCGUUGCAACAAGAACUACCGGGCGAAAUGGACGAGGAAUUGGAAAAGUACAAGUGCAGGUUGUUGGAGGAGAUGCCGUUGACGGGAUCGCAGCAAAUCGCUAUAGAAGAAUUUAAAGACAAGGAAGAGGAGGUCGUCGAGAAAGCCGAGGAGGAAGUCGCGGAAGAGAAAAGCGAACAAGAAGUGCCCGGAGUCACUACUGCUAAAGAUAAAUCUGCUGAAAACAUCGAAGUCUGGGUUGACAAAGUACCGGGAAUAGGAGGUGUUGUGCCCGAUCACUUAAUAAAAGCGGUAAGCGAAUAUAUGAAAGGUUUGGCUGCUGUUCAGCAUAAUAUGGUAAUGCCGAGAAAUAUUAGGCAUUACAAUUGUCCUCCUUUGGAAGUCGUGGAGUCAAAUUAAUAAGUAAUCUUUUCAUUUUGAACGUACUAAUCAGUGCGUGAAGUAAGGGAAGACGGGUAUAUAUAUUUUUUAACAUUUUAAAACUUAUUUGGUUCGUUGCACGAUAAAAUUACUAAUCCGAAUGGUUUAAUAAAAUUGACAAAAAAUAUCUUAUAUAUUGUAUAAUUUCUAGUUAACACAAUAUUACAAACAACAUAUAAUUUGUUAUAAUAAAUAAGUAGUAUUACAAACCCUUACCAGC